UGGGGCCGUUAUCCUGGCGUGAUAUUAAAUUCUUUCCAUUCAAACAUUUUUCUUUUUCCACUCAAACUUAUCAGCAUUCAUGGUGCCUUCAAUUAAAAAAAAAACAAAACACUAACUCAUCCCCAAACUUAUGCUGAUCCUGCACCAUGCUUGACUGAUUAAUAUGUUUCCUGCCUUUUCUGACAUUGGAAAAUCACUAACUUGUACUUAAUGGCUUUUUUGACUGGAAAUUAAAUAAACGAAAGGGUGGUCUCUUUUCUUUACUCAGUACUGUGUUCUGAUACAUGAUGAGGGCACACACCCUGUAAUUUAUCACUCUGAGUGUAAACACAUUCAGAAGUACACAGUAAGUAUGUAUAAAGUAAGAAAUGUACUAUACAGUAAGAAAUUUAAUUACUUCUAAGAUAAUGUUCCCUCUGUAGGUCAACAGACAUGGCUGAUGUGUUGAAAAGUCUUAACCUCCUGGAGAGCCUGAAAGAGUCCAUUGAGAAGAACAACAUUUCAGACAUAAAGGAUGCUGUUGAAGACAUGUUGAUAAGCCGUAUCAACAUCGCUGUGGUAGGGGAGAGGGGGGCCGAGAAAGCGAUGUUUAUUAACUCUCUCAGAGGGCUUAGUGUUGGGGAUGAAGGGGCUGCUCUCUGUCCCUCUGCUGCGGCUCCAGAGGAAUUGGCUGUAUUCCCAAAUCCAAAGCAUCCAGAUUUCCGUCUAUGGGACCUGCCCACCAUCUCAAGUGACCCCUCUUUUGACCCUGAGAAUUACGUGGACCGCUAUAAAAUCCUGCGAUAUAAUGCUAUUAUCAUGACCUUCACGCAAAGCCCGAGCGCAAACAUGGUUGCAGUCUGGAGAGAGGCGAGAUCGCUGCAGAAAGACACGUUGUAUUUUGCUUUAUUGGCAUCCGAGAAGGACACUGAGAAAACCUUGGAAGCCAAAAAGAAGGCCAGUCUGGAGGUACUGAAAGCAGAAGGACUGUCUCAGCCCAAAGUAUUCCUUGUGUGUCCUUCUGCUUUGGAAAAGCUGGAGUUCCUAAAGCUCUUAGAGGUGAUGCAGGGUGAUCUUCCAGAGAUCAGGGCUCAUGCUCUUCUGCUGGCUCUGCCCACAUUUUCCAGCACCUUGGUGGCCCAGAAGAAGGAAGCCUUCAAGGCUCUAGGCUGGGCAGCAGCUUCUCUCUCUGCUGGGGUUUCUGCUAUUCCUGUUCCCCUGGUGGCCUCCAUGGUGGAUGCCAGUGUUGCUGUACGGAUUCUAACGAAAGCCCAAAUCUCUCUUUGCCUGGAUGAUGAGUCUGUGGAGAGGUUGGCGAGGCAGAGGGGCAUCGAGCCAAACAAGCUUAAGGGACUGCGAACCUGUCUCCUUUCAGUGGAGGUCAGCAAGAGCGAAGUGAAGAGGAGGCUUUCAGUGGCCGAGAAAGACACCAGCACAGCCACCACAAAGCUAGUGGAACUGGCCAUGCCACGCCACGCCAGAUCCGUCAGCCGCUCCUUCACAGUCAUGCUGCAGGCCAUGAACUCUGCCAUUGAUGACAUUAGUGCUGAUGCAGAUAAGAUUGUAGCGAUAGCAACAGGGGUUUCACAGUAA